AUGCACUCUCUCCCUAAGUUGUUUCUAGCGGCUCUCUCAUUUACCGUUCUGGUUGAUGGUAGCCACCACUGGUACUCGUAUCAUUACCGCACUGCUGCUCACAAACAACUUAUCGGCAAAACCUACAUGAUACAAGACUUUUAUCGAGGGGGAGAUUUCUUCAAGGACGUAUCACUUAUCUAUGACUGGAUUUUCGCCAUCGGCCCGGAUCCGACUGGUGGAAAUGUCAUCUACCAAGGCCAGUCGGACGCGCAGUCUAAGAGACUUGCGUAUGUCGAUGACUGCGACAACUCGUUUAUCCUUGCAGUUGAUUCAACCAGCACUGUUGCUGCCGGCGGUCAGCGUGCCUCCGUUCGUAUUACAUCUCAGAAGAGCUACAAUGGCGGUCUCUUCAUCUUUGACGCUUCCUACAUGCCAGUAGGUGAAAUCGAUAUUGUCGAGGGUGUGAAUAAUCAGGGCACAAACCAGAUGACGCUUCAUACCGGCACGAACCAAACUUGCACUAACGAAAUGACAAAUAGUACCUAUCAGUUUUCAGGCAAAAUCGUAGCAACCGACUGCUACAGUACUACACACGCGGACUCAGGCUGCAGCAUCGAAGGCACGGACACAAGCUCUUUUGCGUAUGGUUUCAACAAUGCAGAAGGUGGUGUCUUUGCACUUCUGUGGGACAAUUCCGCUGGCAUGUCAAUAUGCCAUUUCGCUCGGGCUUUAAUUACGUGGCCGUCUACCAGUAGUAUUUACCUCAAUCCCUCAUCUCUAGAUCAAGCCGCCUGGCUUUGGAAGAACGCAAGUUACAAUAGUGGAGUUAAGCCGUCCAGCGUCCACACUACUAGUAGUGGGCCGUCUCAGACAACUUGUACCGAUGUCUCUUUCAGUAUUACGCGUUCUCUGGAGAGCAAUUUCCGAGAAUUGCCAGGGUGGACCGUGUGUUGA